GGUGACUGCUCCAGCGCUUGCACUUCGCUUUUCAAAUUCGCGUAAUUCUCUCAUUUUUUAAAGUUUCAGGUGGCCCAGUUGGGAAAUUUUCACCCAGGUACUCAUAUUGAGGUUGGAAAUUUAAAUCUAAAUGAAAUUUUAUUAGAAGACUCCGAUUCAGAAGAGCAGACAAAUGAAGAUACUACAUCGGACCAAAAGCAAUUUGAAAAUUUAUACAAUGUACUGAAUAACAAAAAAAUGUUCGAAAUAAUCGACGAACCUAUUAAGCUUAUUAAAUGCGGUUACUGUGGAGAAAUUAUAAAUUUUACACGUGAAACUUUGGAAAAUCUUCCCAAAAAUCACGGUUGUUUUCAACAUUUUGAUCAAGAUGAACACGGAUUUAGUAUAGAUGAAAAAAUGGUUGUAACAUUAGUCAAUUUAAAAACACCUGAGUCUCCUGUACCGAUGUCAGAUAUUGACCUGAGUGAUGCUAUUAUAUAUGAAGUCCAAAAACGACCUGCACUUUAUGAUUUUAAAAACAUCAAUGUCAAAGAAAGGACUAAAUUAAAAAAAAAAGAUCUAUGGCAACAAAUUUCGUGCUGCAUGAAAGGAGUUUUGACGGCUGAACAAAUUGAAACUAAGUGGAAUUCGUUAAAAAAACAGUAUCUGGAAGCAAGGAAGAAUGAGAAACAUCUGCCUAGCGGAUCUGCUGCAAAGCGAAAGCUGAAGAAAGUCUUUCCUUUCAUGAAGCAAAUGGAAUUUCUUAAUGAUAUGCAGAUUUUUGACAGCACGAUAUCUUCUCUCAAGCCAUCGGUCAAUGUAGAAAGUGAAGAGAAAUUGGAUAACACUGCUGAUGAGCCUGAAAAUGAAACCGAUGAUGAUGUGUUCAUGAAAUUCCAAGAAACAGCAAUGGAUGUUAUGACAAAUAUUCAUCAGAAACCCGAUGUUAUAGACGGAUUUGUAAUGAUUGUUAAAAAUCAAUUAAAAAAAUUAACAAGCAACCAGCAAUUAAAUGCAGAAGCAGACUUAUUGAACUGUACUAAUGAUUUAGUUAAUGCUUUUAGUGAUUGA